AUGGGUAUCCCCGCGGCCUUCCGAUGGCUAUCCAACAAAUAUCCUAAGAUCAUUUCUCCCGUGAUUGAGCAGACACCAAUUACCACCGAAGAUGGCAUCACCAUUCCCGUUGACACCACUCAACCAAAUCCCAAUGGAGAAGAGCUCGACAAUUUGUACCUGGACAUGAAUGGAAUUGUCCAUCCAUGCUCUCAUCCAGAAGAUAGGCCUGCCCCGGCCGAUGAGGAGGAGAUGAUGCUAGAAGUUUUCAGAUACACGGAUCGUGUCGUGAACAUGGUUCGCCCUCGCAAAAUUCUCAUGAUUGCUGUUGAUGGAGUUGCACCAAGAGCGAAGAUGAACCAGCAACGAUCCCGACGAUUUCGGUCAGCUCGGGAAGCCCAGGAAAAGGAAGAAGAUAAGAAGGCGCUGAUCGAGCUACUAAAACGUCAAAACGGCGGUGCUUUUCCAGCUGCUGACACGGAAACCGUUGUCAAGAAAGCUUUCGAUUCCAACUCCAUUACUCCAGGCACUCCGUUCAUGGAUAUCUUGGCCCUGAGUCUGCGAUAUUGGUGCCAAUACAAAUUGAACACGGAUCCCGCUUGGGCUAAGCUCAAAAUCAUUAUAUCUGAUGCUACGGUCCCAGGUGAGGGUGAACACAAAAUCAUGUCCUUCAUCCGAUCUCAACGCACCUCUCCUAAUUACGACCCUAAUACUCGUCAUGUCAUCUAUGGCUUGGAUGCCGAUCUUAUCAUGCUGGGGCUUGCCACGCAUGAACCUCACUUCCGAGUUUUGCGUGAAGAUGUAUUUUUCAAUGAGGGCAAAAACAGGACAUGCAAGCUCUGUGGCCAAAAAGGACACGAGGCUAAUAAUUGCCGUGGAGCACCGAAGCCCGCUGAGGAUGCUGACAAUGAGAAAAGCAAGGACAGCCAAACUCCUGUCUUGAAGCCUUUUAUUUGGCUACACGUUUCUGUUCUUAGAGAAUAUCUCGCGGCUGAGCUGUCUAUUCCAGAUCUCCCCUUCAAAUUUGAUCUAGAACGCGCGAUUGACGACUGGAUUUUCAUGUGCUGCUUCGUUGGUAACGACUUUCUGCCUCAUUUGCCAGCUCUGGAAAUUCGUGAGCAUGGAAUCGACACCCUGACUACGAUUUGGAGAACCAAUUUACCAUCUAUGGGUGGCUAUGUCACCAAAGAUGGCCACAUCGAUUUGGAGAGAGCGCAAGUCAUUCUUGACGGCCUUGCGAAUCAGGAGAGUGCAAUUUUCAAGCGAAGAAAAGAACAGGAAGAUCGUCGAGAGGCUUCUUUCAAAAGGAGAAAGCUUCAAAACGAAGGCUACUCAAGGAAUGGGCAGCACGGCUCUGCUUCCAAGCAAAAUGGGCAUGCAGAUCCAACUAAAGGAUUGCAGCUGUUCCCUAUCGCGACACAGCCCACAAAUUUGCUAGCAAAUAUCACCCACGACAUGGUUGUCAGCCGCGGUGCUGCCCAAGAUGUGACGUUAGCCAACAAGGGUGCGGCUAGUGUCAUGCGAGACCGACUGCGAGCAGACACCAACAAGGACAAUGUUGACAAGGACAAUGCCAACCAAGACGAGACGGCGUCCGGCGCAGCAGCAGACAUUACCCAACCACUGCCUUCGGCUCUUGGGAAAAGGAAGGCUGCAGAACUUGAUGACACUGCCAACUCCUCUUCAGCAGAGUCAUCUAAACCUAAACCACAGGUACCCCAGGAGGUUGAACCAAUCGAUAAUGUUCGUUUGUGGGAAGACGGGUAUGAAGAUCGCUACUACCAGCAGAAGUUCCAUAAGGAUCCACAAGAUGUUGAAUUUCGCCACAAAGUCGCCGAGGCGUACGUGGAAGGUUUGGCCUGGGUAUUGUUAUAUUACUUCCAGGGAUGUCCGUCUUGGGAGUGGUACUAUCCUUACCAUUACGCCCCCUUUGCCGCAGAUUUCAAGAAUCUCAGCAAAAUGGAUAUCCGCUUCGAGAAGGGGCGAAUUUCUAGACCUUUUGAACAGCUCAUGAGCGUCUUACCAGCGGCAUCUCGUCAUGCUCUCCCCACAGUGUUCCAUGAUCUAAUGUUGAAUAAAGACAGCGAGAUUAUUGACUUCUACCCCGAAGAUUUUGAAGUUGAUCUAAAUGGAAAGAAGAUGGCAUGGCAAGGAGUGGCUCUUCUUCCAUUUAUCGACAUGUCACGACUCCUUAAGGCGGUUCAAGGCAAGUAUCCUCUAUUAAGCCCAGAAGAUGUUGCACGAAAUACAGUAGGAAGAGAAGUUUUGUUGUUAUCCGACAACCACGAAGGCCUUUACGACGACAUCUUGACCACUUUCUAUUCUAAGAAGCAAGAUCGCUCAAGGCUCAGUAUCAAUACAGAACAUAGCAAUGGCCUCGCCGGGGAGAUUGAGAAACAAGAGAACAAGGUUCCCCAUGGGGCCUUGAGCUAUCCUCUCGAGCGACGAUCUAUGCCGGAUCUAGAUUACGACCAUUCCAUCAGCGUUUACUAUGACAUGCCCCAGGUAUCGCAGACACACAAAUCAAUGCUCCUACGCGGAGUGCGAAUGCCGCCGCCGGCUUUGACUAGGAGUGAUAUUGAGGUAAUUCGAGGAAAAACCAACCGACCAGGUCGCAAUUAUGGAGGACACCCGCAGCACUACGGCAAUAACAAUGGUGGUCGGGACAACCAACGCUUCGAGCCGCACUCUAAUGCGCCUUAUGGUAUGCCGCAAGCUGGGAGAUGGCAGCCUUCAGGCGGGCCAUCGUUUGACCCGAGGGCGGGUCCGCCGCCCGGUACAUAUGCCCAACCUCAGCAGGGUUGGUCCGACAAUAGGAACGACUACAACCGCCAGGGGAACGACUACAACCGCCAGGGAAACGACUACAACCGCCAGGGGAAUGACUACAACCGCCAGGGGAAUGACUACAACCGCCAAGGAGGGCGCGGAGGCAACUAUGGAACACGGCCUCAUUACGGUGGUGGUCAACGGCGCGGACGUGACUAUGCGUAA